AUGGGCCGGAGCCUCCCGCUGGUAGUGAGAGCAGUAGUUGUUCUUUUCCUGGAGGUGCAACGCGCGGGGAAAGAGGAGGUGAAAUGCGCGGGGAAAGAGGAGGUGAAACGCGCGGGGAAAGACUUCCUCAAGUCGCUUUUCGGAGGCCAGAACAUCGACGGCAAACUGGAGAACGCGGCCGACACCACGGGUCUCUUCAUCUUCAACCUCUCCGUUGGUACGCCGUCCCCGCAGAACAUAUCCAGUAUCCUUGAUAUCACCAGCUCGCUUGUGUGGUCGCAGUGCGCGCCCUGCACCGCCUGCUUGCCGCCGCCGGCGCCAACCUUCCAGCCCAAUCUGUCGCCCACCUUCGUCAAGCUUCCCUGCGGCAGCCAGACGUGCCAGCAAGUGCUCAAGCAGACAUGCGCCGCUGACGCCACGGACGACUCCUGCGGCUACAUCGCCAUCUACGACGAGGACACCAACACGACCGGCUACCUCGCCACCGAUACGUUCACGUUUGAUAGCACCCAAAUUCCCGGCUUGGUGUUCGGCUGCAGCAGCACGAGCGUCGGCGACUUCUCCGGCGCGUCCGGCAUCUUCGGCUUCAAUAGGGGACCCCUGUCCCUGGUGUCGCAGCUCCACCUCUCCUGGUUCUCCUACUUCUUGGCACCCGAAGACUUUGACAGCGGCGUCUUCUUCCAAUUAGGUGGUGAUGACAAUGUGACGUGGACGCAGAACAGCCCCUCUACUCGUCUCCUCACCAGCCCCCUACACCCUGACCUCUACUUUGUCAACCUCACCGGCAUAAGAGUCAACGGCGAGGACCUGGACAUCCCGGCCGGGACGUUCGACUUCCGGGCAAACGGAUCCGGCGGGGCGUUCCUGAGCACGACCAUGCCAGUAACGUUCCUCGAGGAGGCCGCGUACAACAUCGUAAGGCAGGCUUUCGUCAACAGUAUCGCGUCGCAGCCAGUCAACGGUUCAGAACUGGGCCUUGACCUGUGCUACACAAUGCAAUCCAACGUGACGGUCCCGAAGCUCACGUUGGUGUUCCACGGCACGAACGCGACUAUGGAGCUCAACAAGUACAACUACUUCUUCGCCGACAACACCACCGGCCUGGAAUGCCUGAGCAUACUGCCGUCGCCGGCGGGUGUGUCGCUCUCGCUCCUGGGCAGCUUGCUGCAGACGGGCACGAUCAUGACUUACGACAUCACCAACGAGAAGCUCAUUUUCGAGACUGCGGCUGAGCCGCCGGCGUCCUCUCUCGGCUCUCGCGCGUCCCUGAUGAUGGUAUUCCCUUUGGCAGUAUGCAUGGGUGCUGCUAUUCUAGCUAUAUAG